AUUUAAAAUAUUAAAUAAACAAUACGGAAAAUGGAUAAAGAAAACGCAAAACCAGUUUAAGACCUUUCAACAUAAAAUGUCCCAUUGCUAUAAGCUUAGUAAUAACCAGUUAAUCAAUAUUAUGCACCUUAUUCUCCCCAAGUUUAAUAACCAUAAUAAUAAAUUAAUCAAUAACCAUACAUUUCAAAUCCUUAUUAAGGAAUCAAUCUUUAAGGAGACUAGUAUCAAGGAAAUCGACCAAUUUAAUAAUAAUAAAUUCCUCAACAGUAGUAAUUAAUGUAGCCCUACUAACCUAAUUCUUAUUAAUAAUAAGUAACUGGAGUUGUCCUUUAAGCACCCUUCAUUCCUUAUGUAUAUCUAUCAUUAAUUUAGACUCCAUAAGUACUAUAAAAUGCCUCUGGAUUUAGAGUUCCAGCAUUAGUAUAAUGUCCCUUUUGUAAUUAACAUUCAGUUACAACUAUAAGCUACAAACCUGGAAAUGACACCUAUUGGAUGGCUGUUUUAUUAUGUAUAUGUUUUGGCUUCUUGUGCUUGAUUCCUUUAUUAUCUGGGGAUUGCAAAGAUGUUUAUCAUCAAUGUAGUUAUUGUGGAAAAGUUGUUGGACACACCCCUUACAAAGCUUGCUCCUGAUUUGAUAUAUUC